AUGCCUCGUAAACCUAUAGAAAUCGACGGUCGAACGGGCGAAGGCGGGGGCCAGUUGGUACGCGUCGCCAUCGCCCUCGCCGCAGUAACUUCACAACCGGUCCGGAUUACCAACGUACGUGGCAAUCGGGCUUCACGAGGGGGCGGCCACGGGGGGAGCAGCAGUGGAGGUGGCGGUCUCAAAGCUCAACACGUCACCGCCAUCCGCUGGCUGGCCGAGACAACGGAGGCAGAGGCCAAGGGCCUCUCUGUUGGCAGCAGCACCCUCACAUUCGUCCCGCGACUCCCUCCCUCGGCCGCCCUCGCUGGGAAACCCCGCAAUAUCAAAAUCGCCGCUGACACCGGCGCCGCGAGCACCCUCCUGAUCCUCCAGGCCAUCCUGCCGUUCCUCUUAUACGCGACAGCAGACAAUGACGCCUCGGCGCCGAUUGAGUUGGAAAUUACAGGCGGCACCAACGUAGGAUGGUCACUCUCCUACGAAUACUUCGACCAAGUCCUCCUUCCUCGCUUGGAGUCCUGCUUCGGCGUUCACGUUGCGAGGAGGCUGAAGAAGCGCGGCUGGAGCCUAGGCCCGGAAAGCAGGGGAUCCAUCGUCCUCACUAUCCAACCCUUGAGACCAGGCCAGACACUACGUCUUCUGGACCCGGGACGCACAUACGAAGACCCCUCCGAUUUUGAGGUCGGGUAUGUGGAUGUCUCCAUGGUCGUCCCCUCUCACAUGCACGCCGACCUGCAGAACGCUCUGUCGGGUGCGCUCGCCUCGUCCCUGCCCGACGCCGAGGUCGACUUCAAGGUCGUCGAGGAUUCGGGCCACGACUCGCGCAUCUACGUAUUGCUUGUGGCGCGGUCCGCCUCGGGGCUCAGAUGGGGCCGCGAUGUGCUCAUGUCGACCCCCAAAAAGGGGCGGCAGAGGGAAUCCGUCGCCUCCCUGGUCUCGCGGAGAGUCGUUGGCGAUUUGGUAAAGGAGCUUGCGAUAACACAGUCCACGACGGACGGGUUUUUGCAGGAUCAGCUCGUCAUCUUCCAGGCUCUGGCUGAGGGGCCGACGUCGUUCCCACGGUGUCCCCUUCCAGAGGGUGCUGAAGUGGAUGUUUUGGAACAGAACGUGGCGCAGCUGGGCGUAGGGGAAGGGAUGAAGAGGGACAAGACGGAUAAGCCGUUUGGGCAUGGCAGCUUGCACUCGCAGACGGCGAGAUGGGUGGCAUCGGAGAUAAUGCCGUCGAUAGAGUGGUAUAACAAGGGGACGGUUUGCAAAGGGGCGGCAACGAGUGUCAGUUAG